AAAAAAAAAAAAGGAAAAUCCGAGGCCCCCAUAUUCAGCCCAAAGAAAAGAACGACAAGGCGUGGCAGAUCUGCCUCUGUAAUUUUUUGUCGUCUGUUCUAUCUCUCUAAUAAUACGUCACUGGAACAGUUUUUCCGAGUACAAAAAGCAAAGCUCAAGCAAUUUCUGCUCAAUAAAUUUACCUCAACGCCCUGCUAAUUAUCUGUCGGAUUACCAAGUCAUGGCCGAGAAAAGAAAUGGGGAUUUUGAGUGGUAGAAAGUUAAUCAGAAGUUGGAAAAUUUUGUCAGGCUCCAAUGUCAUCAGAGAAUUUGUCUUCGGAGCUUGGGUCAAAACGCCUAAUAAAGAAGCAUGAGUUUGUAAGGUUAAUAAUUCAAUCCCUAUACUCAUUAGGCUACGGAAAGUCCGCUUCAUCUUUGGAGGUAGAGUCUGGUGUUACAUACAAAUCAGAUGACUUAGAAUUGAUGGAAUCUCAGAUACUAAGUGGGAAUUGGGAUGGUUGUAUCCGUACCCUUGAUAGGUUCAAGAAUUUGAUGGACGAAACAAGAGCUUCAGCUAUGUUUCUGAUAUUCAAGCAGUGUAUUUUGGAGUGCUUGAGUCAUGGGGAUGACUCAUUAGCUUUGUCUGUUUUGCGAAAACAGGUUUCUUCUUUAAAGGUGGACAGAGAUGAGGUUCACAACCUUGCUCAUUGUAUUCUUUAUAUGAAGGAGCUGGAGCUGGGCAAGACAGAUGAUAAUGUUGCUUGCGAAUGGCGUAAAAAGUUGUUGAAAGAGUUGGAAAAAUUGCUACCUCCACCAUUUGUCUUGCCCGAAAGAAGGUUGGAACGUUUGGUUGAAAGUGCUGUUUUGGCUCAAAUUGAUUCCUGUAUGUAUCACAAUUCGUCAGAUGCAGUUUCACUUUUUGUGGAUCAUAUAUGUGGUAGAGAUGAAAUCCCUACAGAGACUGUUCAGAUUUUGACUGAGCAUAUAAACGAAGUUUGGUUUGUUCAAUUUUCUAACAAUGGGGAUUACUUGGCCUCUUCUUCAAGUGAUUGCACAGCGAUCAUAUGGAAGGUGCUGGACAAUGGUACUUUGAGACUAAAACACACUCUACGGAGCCAUCAAAAUCCAGUGUCUUUUGUAGCAUGGAGCCCUGAUGACACGAUGUUGCUCACAUGCGGAAAUGGGGAGGUUCUGAAGUUAUGGGAUGUGAAUACAGGUACACUGAAGCACACAUUUGAGGAUCUUGGCUUCGUUGUCAGCUCUUGUGCUUGGUUUCCAGACUCAAAACGGCUUGUAUGUGGCAGUUCUCACCCUGAAAAAGGCAUCUCCAUGUGCAACUGCGAUGGGAAGGAGAUAAAAGCAUGGAGAGGGACGAGGAUGCCCAAAAUUUUGGAUCUUGCUGUGACACCCGAUGGAGAAAAUCUUAUCAGCAUAUUCUCAGAUAAAGAAAUCCACAUUUUAAACAUAGGAACUAAUGCUGAGCGGGUCAUCUCUGAGGGGCACUCUAUCACAUCCCUCUCAAUCUCAGGAGAUGGAAAAUUCUUCAUUGUCAAUCUUAACAGCCAGGAGAUUCAUAUGUGGGAUGUUGCUGGGAAAUGGGAAAAGCCAAAGAAAUAUAUGGGCCACAAGCAAAACAAGUAUGUCAUAAGGUCGUGCUUUGGUGGGUUGAAUAGCACAUUUAUUGCUAGUGGUAGUGAGAAUUCACAGGUCUAUAUUUGGAGCCGAAGAAAUUCUAGGCCAAUUGAGGUUUUGUCCGGGCAUUCCAUGACAGUGAACUGUGUAAGCUGGAAUCCUUGUUGGCCGCGGAUGCUGGCUUCUGCAAGUGAUGAUAAUACAGUUCGUAUAUGGGGACCUAGUCGACCAAAUAAGAUGCAACUCCAGAAGCCUAGUUAAGAAAAGGAUAACCAUGGUUCAGAUUUUCUGUAUAUAAUUUCUUGUCCUCAACAUGAUUCAUUCAUGGGUUUGUAAAGUUAUGGUGGCCCCUUCAAAUUUUGGUCUACGUUUUCCUCGUGUAAAUCUUCUUUUCCUUCUGUUUUCAUCGUCUGGUUAUCAUUAUCUAGUGCAUUUUUCAGUCCAUCUUUAAGAUAUUUUAAACAACAGUAAAUAUAUGUUUAGUCAUAACUUAUAGCA